GCUUUUGCAUUUUGGACUUUUGCGCGCAUCAGCCUUCCGCCAUCGCAUCAUUGAUGGCAUUUUCCUACCGACUCAUGGACUCACGGUGAUCGGGUUGGGCUGUCUUUAAUCAUGACAUCCUCUACUACUUCGACCGCGACUCCAACGCGGCACCCAUUUGAGCGGCUGGUUGACGAUGCUCGUCCUUCGAAGACUGACAUCAACUUCGUAAUCAUGGACUACCUCGUCACUGAGGGUUAUCCGUCAGCAGCGAAAAAGUUUGCUCUGGAAGCAAAUAUUCAACCUGCUGCGGACAUUGAAUCCAUUCAAGAGCGCGUGGAGAUACGAAACGCUCUUCUCCGAGGGGAUAUAGAAUCUGCUAUAGAUGGGAUUAAUGAACUAAAUCCUCAGAUACUGGAUUUGGAUGCAUCCUUACAUUUUGCGCUCUUGAGGCUUCAAUUGAUCGAGCUGAUUCGCACUUGCACUGUAUCGUCUAAUCCCGAUAUCACCGCUGCACUCAACUUCGCGACCAGUCAGUUAGCGCCCCGUGCGCCAACUAGGCCUGAAUUUUUAGAGGAUCUGGAACGCACAAUGGCCUUACUUAUAUUUCCCUCAGAUAGCCUAGCGCCUCCGCUCGCCGCUUUGCUGGAUCCGAGUCUACGAAAAGCGGUAGCGAACCGGGUCAAUGAAGCCAUUUUGAGCAGCCAGGGUGCGAGAAGAGAGGCCAAGAUUCGUAAUCUUGUGCGUUUACGCGCUUGGGCCGAGUCGAGGGCUCGCGAAAAUAAGAAGGAAAUUCCUGAAUUAAUCCCACUGGGGCUCGAUGGCCCGGAUAACCUUCACAGCGAAUCUCUUUUCCAAACCAACGGAGGGGCUGAGCCCAUGGUUACUUGAGCUU